UAGGGCUUCUUCUUCGCGGCACGGCUGUUUACCUCCUAGGGUUUUCUCUCUUUCAUUUUCUCUCGAGAGUUCUUCGGGUUAAAGAGACGGGUUUCGCGUCCCGUCCGCCUUGGCAAAGCUGUGCUUCGUCUUGGCCCUUCAGUCGGUCCCCUCUAUCUUAGCAAUUCUCAGACUAUACUUAGGGAUUCUUUGAUUUCGUAAAUCUUCAGCAGUAAGGAUGACGGUGAAGCUCUCCAAGGCCGAGAAGAAGGUUAACUACGACAAGAAGCUGUGCCGCAUGCUGGACGAAUAUAGCAAGGUUUUGAUCGCUGUGGCGGACAAUGUUGGAUCCAAUCAGUUGCAAAACAUUAGGAAGGGUCUGCGAGGUGAUUCCGUCGUUCUGAUGGGUAAGAACACUCUCAUCAGGAGGUGCAUCAAGGUGCAUGCUGAGAAGAGUGGCAAUCAGGCCUACCUCAAUCUCCUUCCGUUGCUCGUGGGAAAUGUGGGAUUGAUUUUUACAAAAGGUGAUCUUAAAGAAGUCAGUGAAGAGGUUGCUAAAUACAAAGUAAGAACUUCUGUCCUUUGGAUUGCUUUGAAAGCAUCUUUUUUUUCCUGUAGCUGCUAAAACAACUUCAGGCUA